GUGUUUAAUUUUUUUUUUUUUUUGGUCAACAAGUUUGUGUUUAAUUACACAACCGCUUUAUACUGUUUUGCUGUUCGGUAAAAAUCGAUACUUUUUUUAAUUUUGAAGCUAUUACUCUCUCGACUGCGAUUUCCUUUCUCCGCUGUGAGAGCCAAAUCUUCCGAUUAAAGCAAAAGUGUAGAGCUUUGAAUUCACCAAAACAGAGUGAGAGAGAUGAAGCGGGAGGAAUAUGGAGGGAUGACGGCGAGGAAUCUACUCGGAUUCGAAGAUCGAAACAUCCUUGCUCAGCUUGUUAGACUGAAGCUGUAGAAACGUGGCGCAAUGAGAAGCUGAAGGAAGCUAAAGAGCUGAUUCAGGAACAAAAUGAAGGAAGCAGGGAUGCUUGUAAGAGCUUUGGGGCUGGAGUGGGAUGUACUAUCUGAAGAUAUUUGUUUUUGGUUACCUGCUGAGGUUAACAAUGAAGAGAACGAUGAUGGAGGAGCCUGAGGGGAUAUCAGCAGUAAGACCGGUGCCAGCUGUAUGUAAUGCAGAGAGUGCAGUUGAUUGUUGCCAGGCUUGCUUAGUCCAGGCAGAGCGCGCGAAACCUGGAGAUAUGAGAUGCGACAUUUGGGUUUAUUGCCCAUCUGAGUUUCAGGUGUUGUAACGGCUUGAACAGAACCUAUUUGGACAACAGGAAAGAGAUAGUUUUGGUUAUUUCAUGUUCUGCUACCAUUUUCUAAUGUCUUGCUAAGUUCAAGUACCGGACUAAACCAAGAUGGUAACAGUGAAUGUUUUUUUUUUAAUCAAGUGUUCGUCUCCUGGUUGUGACAGUGAAUCUUUGAUCUUGUAAUAGCAGAGUCAGGUUGUAUGCAACAGAACAUAUCUAGAUUAAUGGUAGUUAGGCUCAAAUGCCUAUAUCCGGUAAAUAUCUUAUAAAAACAUCACAUUAUACUUCUGUAAUGUAUAAAUUAAUGAACCAUAGGAACAAAGCUAAAAUUGGAGAGGUUCAUCAUUCAUCACACAUAUCUCUUUUACUAAUUAUAGACUUUUGAAUUGUGUACCUCUCUUUACUUUUGCCUAAUGACCUUCUUAAUCUCAAAUAUCAUUAACUCUUCUCUGCUUUCUUCAUUUUUCCUCUCUAUUGAUUCUUUCUUUUACCGUUUAUCUUAAGUUUUUUUGCCUUUCUAGCUUCCUCCAAUGGAGGAUUUGAAAUUAACAGAAGUUGUAUCUCCACCUCCAGACGAAACUAGUGUAACAUCAAAUGUUAUUGAGUUGGCCCAACCUCAAGAAAAUGAAGCAAUGCAAGAAUCUCAAGACAAUGAAGAUUCAACUGAAAAUGAGAAAGUUUAUAUGGAUGACACCUUUUUGGCCUCAUCAAGCAGCCAAACAGAAGAAACACAAGAUUCUUCUUCUUAUUCUGACACCACUACUCCUGUGUUUGUUUCUGAGAUUGGUCUGCCUCCGGUGAAGACUAAGUAUAGAUCAGAGGGCACCACAACAAGAAAAAGAUCUCUAUCUUCCCAAAGAAGUCUUGGAUCUCCAAGAACACUCGGAUCAUCAUCACCAUUGAGCAAUGAAACACCCAAAAGUCUGGAUUCUUACAAAGAUUCCAUUGACACAACAUCACCUAUUGAAUCUGUUAAAGAAGCUGUCUCAAAAUUUGGAGGAAUCACUGACUGGAAAGCACAUAAAAUGCAAGUAGUAGAGAGACGCAAGUUUGUGGAACAAGAACUCAAAGAGAUUGAAGAACAGAUUCCUGAGCACAAGAAACAAUCAGAAACUGUUGAGAUGUCAAAACUACAAGCGGUUGAGGAGUUAGAGAGCACAAAGAGACUCAUAGAAGAGCUGAAGCUUAAUCUCGAAAAGGCGGAAACCGAAGAAAAACAAGCAAAGCAGGACUCAGACCUUGCAAAGAUGAGAGUUGAGGAGAUGGAGCAAGGAGUAGCCGGUGAAGCCAGCGUUGCAUCUAAAGCACAGCUUGAAGUGGCUCAAGCCAGACACACAUCUGCCAUUUCGGAGCUGGAAUCUGUCAAGGAAGAGAUACAAACUCUGCAGAAGGAGUAUGAUGGUUUGGUGAAAAAGAAAGAUUUGGCUGUGAAGGAAGCGGCUGAAGCGGUUUUGGCUUCUAAAGAAGUUGAGAAGAGAGUUGAAGAGCUGAGUAUAGAGCUGAUAGCAACAAAGGAGUCGCUGGAAUGCGCACAUUCAUCUCAUUUAGAAGCGGAAGAGCUUCAAAGACUGAUGAAGAACUUCGUAUCCCAAACAGAUGUUGCUUCUGCAAAGAAGGAGCUAGAAGAAGUCAACAUGAACAUUGAGAAAGCAACAUCUGAAGUGAAAUGCUUAAAGGUAGCAUCAUCAUCCUUGAGAGUUGAACUUGAGAAAGAGAGAUCAGCGCUUGAAUCAAUCAAACAAAGAGAAGGGAUGGCGUCUGUAGCGGUAGUAUCACUAGAAGCUGAGAUAGACAUAACGAGAUUCGAGAUAGCUCUUGUUGAGUCCAAGGGAAAGGAAGCCAGAGAAGAGAUGGUGGAGCUACCAAAGCAGCUGCAGCAAGCAAGUCAAGAUGCUGAUGAAGCGAAGUCAUUGGCUGAACUUGCGAGUGAAGAGCUGAGGAAGUCUCAGGAAGAAGCAGAGAAAGCAAAGGCUGGAGCAAGUGCAAUGGAGGGGAGAUUACUCGCAGCUCAGAAAGAAAUUGAAGAUGUUAAAGCUUCGGAGAGAUUGGCAUUAGCUGCUAUCAAGGCGUUGCAAGAGAGUGAAUCUGAUUUGGAGGAGAAGAAUAGCGUGACACUGAUGUUAGAGGAGUACAAUGAGCUUAGCAAGCGUGCUAAAGAGGCAGAAGAAAGGGUUGCAGCAGCGGUUUGUGAGAUUGAGGAAGCUAAAGAAGAGGAGAAGAGAAGGUUGGAGAAGUUGGAAGAAGUGAAUAAGGAGAUGGUUUUGAGAAAGGAAAGACUUGCGGAAGUAACUGAGAAGGCUGAGAAGGCUAAAGAAGGGAAGUUAGGUGUAGAACAAGAGCUGAGAAAAUGGAGGGAAGAACACAAAGUAAAGAGAAAGAAUGUUGAAAAUGGAGUGAAGAUAGAGAAAAGUCAUGAAAGAAGCUUAGAGGGUUCAAAGGAGAAAGGAAAUGAGUCUAGUGGAACUGAAACAAACACAAUCCCACCUGAGAUUCCUGUAAAGAAAAAGAAGAAGUUUUUCCCAAGAUUUUUUAUGUUCUUGAUGAAGAAGAAGAAGAAGUCACCCAAGUGAGUUUGAUGUGAAGAAGUUCAUUAUGUAAAAUUAUAUUAAAUGUUUUACUAAUACUAUAAAAGAAAUCCUCAGUUUUAGAUAAUCUUUCUUCAUGAUACAUCUUCCAACAUACUUCUUUUCUUUCAUUUCCCAGUUAUAUUAGUGAAAACUGGAAAGCUAUUAAUCUAAAUGAAAUAUUAAGAAUUGGAAAUUGAAAGUAUUCAGAAUCUCCCACAAGAAAGCUAUUAAUCUAAAGCACCUAGAGCUAAGCUACGUUUACCUCACUUGUAUGCAGAAUAAAAAGUCUGUAAGUUAAUAAGUUAAAAAAAAUAUUUAUAUCUUCCUAUAUAUUAAAUAAGAAGGAUUUAUUAAAUGAUUUUUGCGUAGGUGUAAAUCAUAGAGAAAGUUUAGGAAAAUUGUUAUAAUUUGAUUGGUUGAAAGAUAAUCAAUUUUUUACUAUUUUAAUUAGAUCUAAAAUAAAAAGUAAGUCUAGAUUAAUUAAUAUAGCUUACCAAAUAGUCUAUUAAUAUUACAAAUAAUAAUUUAUGCUAACUAAUUGUCAAAAUUAAAGAAAUUGUAAUAAUGUUUGAUUAAUUCUUUUUAUAUUUAUAUAAUACAUAAUAUAAUUAGUCGAACACAAUUUAUAGAAAUCGAUAUAAUGAUUUCAUAUUCUUAUAUAAAAAAUUAUAUUCAUAUAUAAAGAAUUAUAAUAAUUAUUAAUAUCUUAUAAUUUCCAUAUAUCUUUUAUAAGUCAUUUAGAAAAAAACUAAAGCAUUUAUAAUUUAUCUAUCAUGGCUUACAAAAUUAUUUUAUAUUAAUUUUAAAUUAUUUAUAUGAGUUUAUAAAACAUUUAUAAAAAAAUAAAAUUAUCUUAUAUAUUAAAAUAGAAGUCACUUAAGUGAAUUUUGCUUACAUGUCGAUCAUUUGUAAAGUCUCAAGAAAUAUUUUUAUAAUUUGUUUAGUCGAUAAUUUUUAAUUUUAUUUAUUUUAUUUUAGAUUUAAAAUAAAAAAAAUCUAGAUCUAAUUAAUAUCACUUGCCAAAAAUCUAAAUUAUAUUACAAAUACUGAUUUAUGGUAACUAAUUUUUGAAAUUAUAUAAAGAAUAUUAAUGCUUGAUCAAUUCGUUUUUACAUUUCUAAACUACAUAAUAUAAUGAGCGCAACUUUUUAAAUUUUUAUUAUUUUAAUUAUAUCUAAAAUAAAAGACAAGUCUAAAGCUAAUUACUAUCACUUGCCAAAUAACAUAAAUGAUGUUACAAAUAAUAAUUAAUGGUAGCUAAUUUUCAAAAAUAUAGAAAGUGUAAUAAUGUUUGAUCAAUUAUUUUUAUAUUUAUAUACUACAAAAAAUAAUAAAUAUAAAACAAUUUAUAGAAAUCAAUAUAAUGAUUUCAUAUUCAUAUAAAAAUAUAGUUGUAUCUGUAAUAAUUAUUAAUCUCUUAUAAUGUCCAUAUAUGUUUUAUAAAUAAUUAGCCUUUGAAGAUUAGAAGGAUUAUAUUUAACGGAUCAUGUGAGAACUUUGAUU